AUGUCAGAUUACGAGGCUCUUUUGCACUUCAAUAGGAGACAAGUUUCAUCAGAAAUGAUACAGUAUCUAGCCUCGAACACUGCUUGUAUCAUUCAAAUUAAGCCAAGUCGCAGUCUGAUAGAUGUUGCGCUGCCAGCACCAUCGUUACCACAAUUUAUAAAGAAUCUGGUUUCACAUUCAAACGUUCAGACGUCAACGUUAAUGGCAACUACAGUAUAUCUUUCGAAGCUUAGGUCUAUAAUACCUGGUAAUGUUUAUGGUAUUGAAACAACGAGGCAUAGAAUAUUUCUUGGUUGCCUGAUAUUGGCUGCCAAGACUUUGAAUGACUCUUCACCUUUGAAUAAACAUUGGGCUUCGUACACAGGUGGUUUGUUACAUAUACGAGAAGUUAAUACGAUCGAACGCGAACUACUGGAGUAUUUCGAUUGGAACGUAACAAUAACAACCGAAGAGCUGAUAACAUGUUUGUCACCUUUCAUCCAGCCAAUAAAGGAACAAUUUUUACAACACAAACAGCAAAAUCUUUUACUAUUCAAUGCUCCUUUACAGGGUCAAUUGAAAGAAUACGUCAAUGGUCCGAAAACCUAUAUGUCAGAUGCGCAUUCACGUUCGUCGUCAAAUUACUCAUUACCUUCAUUAGCUUCAACGGCAACUCUAUCGACCAUUGAUUCAAGAAGGUCAAAACUUUCACAAUACAAGAUCCAUUCAAUCAAUGAAAGUGAUGAAAGUCCGGAAGUUUCAGGGCGUAACCCGUAUAGGUCACCACUGAGUGAUAAAGAGAAUAUAAACCAGCAUUUUGCCCCAAAAAAAACCAAUUCAGAUUCCCGUUCAACUAAAAAGACGCGACCUCUAAUUUUGACAAGGAAGGAAUCCAAAUAUCCCACUGGUACCCACACUACGUCAAUUAAAAAAUCAAACUGGCAAUCCCUUUUCACAUAA